CUUUUGAGUCACCUCACCACUUCACAAUUAACAAGUGGCACUGCGCUGUAGUGUCUUUCGAGGCAUAGCUUAGCUAUUGACGAGGAAUCGAAAGUUUGGCACGACCUUGUUGACACGAAAGCAAGGUUUCUAGAAGCUUUGAGCUUUUGACGUCAAUCGCCGUCAUGCACGCACGAUUGAGAGUCCGGGCGAAUGCCCGUGUUCUCAACUUCCCCAGAGCUCCCAAUUAUAUUCGUUCAUUAUCAUCCGCACAACCUCUCCGCAAUGCAGCCCCCAAGGACUCGGAGCGACAGCUCAACAAGACCUCGGCUACAAUCACGCAGCCAAAAUCGCAAGGUGCCUCGCAGGCUAUGCUGUAUGCCACGGGCAUGACAGAGGAGAGGUUAAACAAGGCGCAGGUUGGAAUUUCGUCCGUCUGGCACUCUGGCAACCCUUGCAACAUGCAUCUCCUCGACCUCAACCACAGAGUUAAGGAAGGUGUUGAAAGAGCUGGACUUGUGGGAUACCAAUUCAACACCAUUGGUGUAUCAGAUGGUAUUUCCAUGGGAACUACCGGUAUGCGUUACAGUUUGCAGUCGAGAGAUUUGAUUGCAGACAGCAUUGAGACUGUGAUGGGCGGACAAUGGUAUGACGCAAACAUCUCAAUUCCAGGCUGUGACAAGAACAUGCCUGGUGUGAUGAUGGCAAUGGGCCGUGUCAACCGCCCCUCAUUGAUGGUUUACGGAGGAUCCAUCAAGCCAGGUUGCUCCGCGACCCAAGGCAACGCUGAUAUCGAUAUUGUCUCUGCGUUCCAGGCAUACGGACAGUUUAUUACCGGCGAGAUCACGGAGGAAGUUCGUUACGAUAUCAUCCGCCACGCCUGCCCAGGAGGUGGUGCUUGUGGUGGUAUGUACACUGCCAACACCAUGGCUACCGCAAUUGAGGUCAUGGGCAUGACCCUGCCAGGUUCUUCGUCUAACCCAGCUGAGUCCCAGGCGAAGUACCUUGAGUGUUUGGCUGCGGGUGGUGCUAUCAAGACUCUCCUGCAAGAAGACAUCCGUCCCAGUGACAUUCUUACUCGCCAGGCCUUUGAGAACGCCAUGAUCGUUGUCAUCAUCACCGGUGGCUCUACCAACGCCGUCCUGCAUUUGAUUGCCAUUGCCGACUCCGUUGGCAUCAAGCUUACCAUCGACGACUUCCAGGCCGUCUCUGACCGCAUUCCAUUUUUGGCCGACCUCAAGCCCUCCGGAAAGUACGUCAUGGCCGACCUUCACAACAUUGGUGGCACACCGUCGCUCCUCAAGUUCCUCCUGAAGGAAGGAUUAAUCGACGGCACUGGCAUGACUGUUACCGGAAAGACGCUCGCCAAGAACUUGGAGGCCUUCCCAGAAUUCCCAAGCGACCAAACCAUCAUCCGCCCGCUCUCCAACCCAAUCAAGGAGACUGGACACAUCCAGAUUCUCCGUGGCUCGCUCGCCCCUGGCGGCUCCGUUGGAAAGAUCACUGGAAAGGAGGGCCUGACAUUCACUGGUAAGGCGAAGGUCUACGACGCUGAGAGUCUCUUCAUUGAGGCGCUCGAGCGUGGCGAGAUUAAGAAGGGCGAGAAGACCGUUGUUGUCAUCCGCUACGAGGGCCCCAAGGGAGGACCUGGUAUGCCAGAGAUGCUGAAGCCCAGCUCCGCCAUUAUGGGAGCUGGUCUCGGUAAGGACUGUGCAUUGGUCACUGAUGGACGCUUCAGCGGUGGAUCCCACGGCUUCUUGAUCGGUCACGUUGUCCCUGAGGCCCAGGAGGGUGGACCAAUCGGACUUGUGAGAGAUGGGGAUGAGAUUACCAUUGAUGCGGAGACGAAGAGGAUGGAUCUGAACGUAUCGGAGAAGGAGCUGGCUGAGAGAAGGAAAACCUGGGUUGCACCCCCGUUGAAGUACAAGAAGGGAACUUUGGCGAAGUACGCUAGGUUGGUCAGCGAUGCCAGCCGUGGAUGCAUCACGGAUGGUGAAAUGGACGAGAAUCAGAAGCGCUAAGCAUGUAAAUAUUAAAUUAAAAUGGCUCUGGAGGAAUUUGUUCGGCCUAUGGGAUUUUUUUCAAUUAGCAAUUUCAAACAAACUUAUAUCACUGGAUUGGGGCAGGGGUCUCCUAGUGAUAAGUCUCUGA